AAAAGAAAUAUCUUAAAAAAAAAAUCUUCCCCGAAACAGAAGCACUAACACUAAAUGUGGAAAAAAUAAAAAAAUAAAUAAAAAUAAUCUACCACCAGGAAUAGAAUAGAAAUGGGGAAUCGUUGUUCGUGUCUGUGAAUUUUAAUUUGCAUCUGUCCCUGAAACUGAAACUCAAAACCCUAGCUUCCCUGCAACACCAACCAACCAAACAACCAAACGAAACGAAACGCUGUCGUUGGAGUUACGAUAUGAUUGGGUGAGAAUCGAGGAGGAAAGGCAAGGAAGAGUUAUGUACAGAGGAGGUGUCGGAUCCAAAUCGGAGGUGGCUUCCGUUGAUCGGAAGCGAAUCAACGACGUCCUCGAUAAGCAGCUGGAACGAUCCUCGCCGUCCACAUCGAGGGCCAUCAACGGCAAAGAUAGGUCCUCCUCCUCCGUAAUAACCGCCAAGGAUCACAGAGACUCUCGCUCUGCCUCUGCCUCUGCCCCUAUCUCCAAGAAUUCCAACGCUUCUGAUGAGGAAUCUGAAACAGACAGUGAAGAGUCUGAUGUUAGUGGUUCUGAUGGAGAUGACACAUCUUGGAUCUCAUGGUUCUGCAAUUUGAGGGGAAAUGAAUUCUUUUGUGAGGUUGAUGAUGAUUACAUCCAAGACGACUUCAACCUAUGCGGAUUAAGCAGUCAAGUGCCUUAUUAUGAUUAUGCUCUGGAUUUAAUUUUGGAUGUUGAAUCCUCUCAUGGUGACAUGUUUACAGAAGAACAAAAUGAGUUAAUUGAAUCAGCAGCAGAGAUGCUUUAUGGUCUGAUUCAUGCCCGGUACAUAUUGACAGGCAAAGGAAUGGCUGCCAUGCUCGAGAAGUACAAGAACUAUGAUUUUGGCCGAUGCCCAAGAGUUUACUGCUCUGGGCAACCUUGCCUUCCUGUUGGUCAGUCAGACAUUCCUAGAUCUAGUACCGUGAAAAUAUACUGCCCUAGGUGUGAAGACAUUUACUAUCCCCGGUCCAAGUAUCAAGACAUUGAUGGAGCUUAUUUUGGAGCUACAUUCCCUCACCUGUUCCUGAUGACUUAUGGACAACUGAAGCCACAGAAACCAUCACAGAACUAUGUUCCCAGAGUUUUUGGCUUCAAGCUUCACAAGCCAUGAAACUGGAAUUUUAAGCUACCAUGAAAGAGCGUGUGUAAAGAAAAUUGCAGACAUGUCAUGCAAGUGCUUAAUUUCACUUCCAGCUUGGAAUUCAGUGAGCUUCAAGUUCAAUGAGCAAGUGCUUAGGUACUUCAAUGCACUCUUAAUUGCUUAUUGCAAUUUGUAUUCUUGCGACUAGUUUCACUUCAUGUCGAUUAUGAUUGUCUCAGAUUACAGAUCCCCUGCUAUUUUAUAUUAUUUUAUUCCAUUUCCUCCCCUCCCACAUUUACGCAGCUCUUGAAUUUGUGGAUUGGACCUCGAUGGUUUCACACAUUUUUAGUCUGAUUUUAUAAUUCAAUUGCUAUAAUGUUAAGCCCGCCUAUCUUAACAUCGAUGAUGAUAUAUGUAAUAGGGUUUAAACUUUCUCUUGCUGCUGGAAAAAGUUCUUCUCAUGCUGUAAGACGUUUAAAACUGUGCCAUUCAUUUUUAUUUUAUUUUAAAAACAGUGGGACCCACAAUUGUUUGUCUCUACAGCAUAAGAGGAAACAUCUCCUACAAGAGGAGAUGUUUAUUUCCCUAUGGAAUAUGAAUACAAUAUGUCCCCAGAGUCUAUGUAUGAUUUGUGAAUACUGUCACUAUGCGCAUGCUUGUGUACAUGCAUAAAUACUCCCUUGAUGUGGAAGAAUG